AUGCGUCCGUCACGCGUCCGUCAUACGUCCGUCACACGUCCGUCCGUCAUACGUCCGUCCAUCAUACGUCCGUCACAUGUCCGCCACACGUCCGUCACACGUCUGUCACACGUCUUUCACACAUCUGUCACACGUCGGUCAUACGUCCGUCCGUCACACGUCUCUCAUACAUCCGUCCGUCACACAUCCGUCACACGUCCGUCACACAAACAUCAUAUGCCGUCACACAACCGUCACACGUCCGUCACGUGUCCGUCAUGCGUCCGUUAUGCGUCUGUCAUGCGUCCGUUAGCGUCCGUCACACGUCCAUCAUACGUCCGUCACACGUCUGUCACACGUCCGUCACACGUCUGUCACACGUCUAUCACACGUCUGUCACACGUCUGUCACAUGUCCGUGAUACGUCCGUCAUACGUCCGUCAUACGUGCGUCAUACGUGCGUCACACGUCUGUCUGUCAUACGACCGUCACACGUCCGUCACACGUCUGUCACACGUCCGUCAUGCGUCCGUCACGCGUCCGUCAUACGUCCGUCACACGUCCGUCCGUCAUACGUCCGUCCAUCAUACGUCCGUCACAUGUCCGUCACACGUCCGUCACACGUCUGUCUGUCAUACGACCAUCACACGUCCGUCACACGUCUGUCACACGUCCGUCAUGCGUCCGUCACGCGUCCGUCAUACGUCCGUCACACGUCCGUCCGUCAUACGUCCGUCCAUCAUACGUCCGUCACAUGUCCGCCACACGUCCGUCACACGUCUGUCACACGUCUUUCACACAUCUGUCACACGUCGGUCAUACGUCCGUCCGUCACACGUCCGUCACACGUCCGUCAUACAUCCGUCACAGGUCCGUAACACGUCUGUCACACGUCUGUCAUACAUCCGUCCGUCACACGUCCGUCACACGUCUGUCACACGUCUGUCAUACGUCCGUCCGUCACACGUCCGUCACAAAAACGUCAUACGUCCGUCACACGUCCGUCACGUGUCCGUCAUGCGUCCGUUAUGCGUCUGUCAUGCGUCCGUUAGCGUCCGUCACACGUCCAUCAUACGUCCGUCACACGUCUGUCACACGUCCGUCACACGUCGGUCACACGUCUAUCACACGUCUGUCACAUGUCCGUGA